ACAUCUCAUUGUCUCGAGGAGAAGUGAAGAUAUUUCUGAACAAUUUCGAAAAUCACAGAUAUAGCAAGCAGUCAUUAAACGCAUCAGGAUACCAGUAACUUUCAGAUAGAGUCUGUCAUUCUUCUGGAGUUGAAACUGUAAGGAGGCCGGACACAAGAUGUCUGACACCGACACGUGUGUAGAUGUGAUGCACUUCCUGGAAGAGCUGGACGACAUCGAUCUGCUUUCCACUCUCCAAAAUGUGUUACACGAUGUGAUGGGCCCGCUCAACCCAUCAAAUCUGCCUCCGCCUCCUGUUGUCGUUCCUGACCUCAACAUCCGCCCUCAGAUUGAUCAAAAUCUGAGUGGAUAUGGAUAUGGUGGGUGCACCCCCCUGGGAGCAGCUCCGCACAGCGUUGAGCCUCCAAGUACCCUGUACAGUACGGCAGGUGCUUACAAUCAGGGACAACAAUGCUAUGUCCACCCUCAGAUGAAUCAAAAUCUGAGAGGAGGAUAUGGUGGGUGCACCGCCCUGGGAGCAGCUCCAAUGAGCAUUGGACAUGCUGCUCCCAUCCCGUACCAAGGACCUCAGUAUGCCAUGCAGCCAGGUCCUCCGUACAGGCAGGCAGGCGCUUAUAGCCAGGGACAGAACCUGCCAUACAGGCCAUACGUCCCGAGUGCAGCAGCCACCCCCUACGCUGCUCCUCCGCUGAACCAGCGCAUGCGUCCUCUUGGAGUGCUGAAUGGAGAGGUGAUUUACGGGUUUCCAGUCAAUUUUCCCGCCACUUCUACCUCUGCUGCUCCACCUCGGCCUCCACCACCGAGCACCUUCACAUCAAAUAAGAGAAAGCGUGAAGACGGGCAUGAUGGUCGGUCAUACGUGAAAAAGCCGCCAAAUGCCUUCAUGCUUUACAUGAAGGAGCAGAGGCCAAUUUAUGCGGCCGUAAUGAAACUCACUGGGACUGCAGGGGUUAACAAGAUCCUUGGAGAUAAAUGGAAGUCGCUGUCCAAUGAGGAGCAGGCGAAAUACUUCCAAGUGGCAGACCGAGAAAGACGGCUCCACGCCCUGCAGCACCCGGACUGGUCAUCCAGUAACAAUUACGGCCAAAAGAGGAAGAGGGAAAGGAGCAAGGCCUCCAAAAUGACUGAAGCAUCUGCAUCGACAUCUGGAGAGGUCACAUCGCAAGCGAAGACGAUGUGUGUGAAGCUAGGUUAUAUAAGUGUGACAGUGGCUUCUCACACACAGUCAAACGUGAUGCGGCCCUCCACCUCAACGACAGAUGUGACAGUGGCUUCUCACGCACAGUCAAACGUUAUGGAGCCUCAAUGGAGUCCAACGUCAUGGCUGGGGACAGAGAUUUAUCAACGCUGGCGAAUGUUCGAGCUGCUUUAGAUGAUUCCUGUCCCCACGCCACAGACUCAGCUGCCCAUCUCUGAAGCAGUUGAAAGUCAAACAACUGAGCCCGACUACUUUGCCUGGCUGGAAGACUCAAUGGUGGGAGAUUUUCCUCAUCCGAAUCGAGGGUCUAAAUACAGAGAAUGUCGUAUGCUGACUAUGUUUUGUGGUAUUUCAAUAUACAGCAAAUAAAACAAAGAAAACAAA